AGCUGGGUUUUGAAAUUCUGGGUUGAGUUUUCUUCUGGGUCCUUCAAGGAUUGGUUGGGGAAACCCACCUAGUUGUUGAGCUGGUGGGUCUUGCAAAUUUGGGUCAAUUUUUCUCUGCUGGGACUUGCAAAGCUUCAAAGAGGUUGGAAAAUGUUUCAUUCACAAAUACUGGUUUUCUUGUUUCAGUUAUUGGGUACCGUCUUGGUUCCAAGAAUUUAGAAAUAUCUGAUUGUUGAGAUUGUGGAAUCUUCUGCUUCUUUGCAAUUGUUCAUAUUGAUUCAAUUGCCUUUCUCAUUCUUUUGUAAACUUUGUGAGCUAAAACUGAAUUGUGUUAGUAGAGCUCUUGAGCUUUGUUGAUCCAGGAUAUACGUACAUAUACGUACAUUCUACUUGCUCCAAAAUCAUGGAUAUAAGUAAUGAAGCCAGUGUUGAUCCAUUUCCUAUUGGACCUUCAACCAUUAUUGGUCGGACCAUUGCUUUCCGGAUUUUGUUCUGCAAGUCCAUGACUCAUUUGAGACAUCAGAUCUUUAGUAUGUUGUUUAGUCUCGUCUUUAGAUUCAGGAAUUUUUUGGCUCCUAUGUUCUCAUGGUUGCAUCCUAGAAACCCGCAAGGGAUAUUGGCAAUGGUGACAAUUAUCGCCUUUGUGUUGAAACGAUACACAAAUGUAAAAGUGAAGGCUGAAAUGGCUUAUCGGAGGAAAUUUUGGAGAAAUAUGAUGAGGACUGCCUUGACAUACGAGGAGUGGGCUCAUGCUGCUAAGAUGCUUGAUAAGGAGACCCCAAAGAUGAAUGAAUCAGACCUUUAUGAUGAAGAAGUGGUUAGGAACAAGCUUCAAGAACUCCACCACCGUCGUGAAGAGGGUUCUCUCCGAGAUAUAAUUUUCUGUAUGCGAGCAGAUCUUGUUAGAAAUCUUGGUAACAUGUGCAACCCUGAGCUUCACAAGGGGAGACUUCACGUGCCCAAACUUAUAAAAGAAUAUAUUGAUGAGGUAUCAACUCAGCUGAGAAUGGUUUGUGAUUCAGACUCAGAAGAGCUCUCAUUGGAAGAGAAGCUUGCUUUCAUGCAUGAAACAAGACACGCUUUUGGGAGAACUGCCUUGCUCUUGAGUGGGGGUGCUUCUCUUGGAUCAUUUCAUGUUGGUGUAGUUAAAACACUGGUGGAACAUAAGCUUAUGCCAAGAAUAAUUGCUGGUUCUAGUGUUGGGUCCAUUAUGUGUUCUGUUGUUGCCACUAGGUCUUGGCCAGAGCUGCAAAGUUUUUUUGAGGAUUCUUGGCACUCGUUGCAGUUUUUUGAUCAGAUGGGUGGAAUUUUUACAGUUGUGAAGAGGGUCAUGACACGUGGGGCUGUCCAUGAGAUCAGGCAGUUGCAAAUGAUGCUAAGGCAUUUAACCAGUAAUUUAACAUUUCAGGAAGCAUACGACAUGACAGGUCGAAUUCUUGGGAUAACUGUUUGCUCCCCAAGGAAGCACGAGCCACCUAGAUGUCUGAACUACUUGACAUCACCUCACGUUGUUAUAUGGAGUGCAGUGACAGCUUCUUGUGCUUUCCCAGGCCUUUUUGAGGCCCAGGAACUAAUGGCGAAAGAUAGAAGUGGAGAGAUUGUUCCUUACCAUCCUCCAUUUAAUUUGGAUCCAGAGGCAGGGACAAUGCCAGUGCGUAGGUGGCGGGACGGUAGUCUGGAAAUUGAUUUGCCUAUGAUGCAACUAAAAGAACUGUUCAAUGUCAAUCAUUUUAUAGUCAGUCAGGCAAAUCCUCAUAUUGCACCAUUAUUAAGACUAAAGGAAUUUGUGAGAGCUAUUGGAGGCAACUUUGCUGCCAAGCUUGCGCAUCUUGUUGAGAUGGAGGUGAAACAUAGAUGUAACCAGAUCCUUGAACUUGGUUUUCCCUUAGGCGGACUUGCUAAGCUGUUUGCUCAAGACUGGGAGGGCGAUGUUACUAUUGUGAUGCCUGCCACUCUAGCUCAGUAUUCAAAAAUUAUACAAAACCCAACAUAUGUUGAGCUUCAAAAGGCUGCCAACCAAGGUAGACGGUGCACUUGGGAGAAACUGUCAGCGAUAAAAGCAAACUGUGGCAUUGAACUUGCUCUUGAUGAGUCUGUUGUUAUUCUCAAUCACAUGCGUAGACUGAAAAGGAGUGCUGAAAGAGCUGCUGCUUCUUCUCAUGGCCUACUGAGCACAGUCAGAUUCAGUGCAUCAAAAAGAAUUCCAUCUUGGAAUUGCAUUGCUCGUGAGAAUUCUAGUGGUUCUCUUGAAGAAGACCUCCUUGGAGAUGCUGGUUCCUCAUUCCAUCAUGGAGUUGGCACACCCACCGGUGGUAAAAACUUCCAUACCCACCGUAACAUACAUGAUGGUCAUGGAAGUGACAGCGAAUCUGAGAAUGCCGAUUUAAAUUCUUGGACCAGAUCCGGUGGACCCUUGAUGAGAACGACGUCAGCAACUAAAUUCAUCGACUUUGUCCAAAACUUGGACAUUGAUGCGGAACUGAACAGAGGAUUGUUGGUUAAUCCUAACUCAGGUACGACGCUCCAAUUGGGGGGCAGUAAUCAAUACCAUCACAGCUCAAGGGGGAGUACACCAGACCGUAGCCCGGACAGCACAAGAUUUGAUAGGAGGGAUUUCGGGAAUGUGGCUUCAGUAAACAGUGCUAGCAUUAUGGUGACAGAAGGUGAUCUUUUGCAGCCGGAAAGGAUACAUAACGGGAUUGUAUUCAAUGUUGUGAAGAAAGAAGACUUGUCAUUGUCAAGUAGUAGGAGUCAGGAUAUGGAAAAUUUUAACACUGAAGUUGCUGAGUGUGUGCAACUCGACUCUCUCGAAAAGGAGAUGGAUACUAGAUCUGCAUCUGAAUAUGGCGAUGCUGAUUCUGCUUCAGAAAUAGGAUUAAAUGAUACAGCGGCCAGCUGUAGCCAGUCUACAGAUCAAUCUAUCACUGCUGAUGAUUCUAAUAAUCAGAGCUCUGAAGAGUGCAGGCAGUUGUUAGUUUGAGUGUUUGACAUAAUAUGUAGUUUUUGUUUAUUCAAAAAAUCAAAAUAAAUGUUCCAAGUUAGUACUUAGUGCUUUAUAUAAAUGGUAUACAACUAUGUGAUUCAUAUA